CCUACAUCCAAGCCUAACCCCAACGAAAAGCCUGCGACGGCAUUCUCAGUAUCUAGAGCGGUAAGAUCUUGCACCUUCUUUUUAUCUUGGCCUUAGUCGUAGGCUCUCGGUCUUAACCUUGUCUUUAGGCACCUGGGUCCAUCAUGUCUAAUGCUGAGUUGAUUGAAGCCCUCGCAGUGGCGUCGAACAUGGAACCACAGAGUGCCAUCAUGAUCCGUGGCCAAAUCACAUGGUGUGAUUCAUGUAGUAGCGAGGAGUCAGGAAUCCUGAAGGUCGGCUCGGUCGGAACCAUAUGCUUGCAGAUGUCCCUAACAACUAUGUUAGAGAUCGCCUAAUGGACUACAUUAUUACUCAGCUUGAGGAGCAUCAGCAAGAAAAUGCAAAGAAAGCUGUAUUUCCUGAUCUUAGCGCAACUGAGCUCGAGCAAUAUACCGCGCUGAUCAUGAAGAAAAUAGAAGAAAGUAGGCCCAAGACCCGAGACGAGAUGAUCUCGCAAAUAGCUGGAAGCAAGCCAAUAAAGACCGACGACGAGAUGAAAAGCGUACUAGAUCAAGCUUAUGCUAUAGGCGAAGUUGAUCAAGAUAUUGAUCUUACCUCCCAACCUAGAUGCGGAAUCCGUUCCUACGCUCGCCCUGGUCCGAUCAUUCGAUCGGUUGUCCAGCCGGGUCUAAAGGAGUUAACCCGAGAAGAAUCGAGACUAGAUGUAGGUACAGAUAUCGACUUGGACUGCGAUCAGAUCCGAGCCAUGAUUGUACGAUUCGUCAACGGUAGUGGAUGGACUGCCGACCAAUUUCGCCUAGCACUCCGCGAUGUCUCACGCCCACAGCUAACGGCGUUUCUCAACAAGAGAGGUCCUUGGUUUACCUCUAACAAACGCUUCAGAAGACGUCCCGGAGGACACUUCCGUCCUUCAAGAACGCGAUGUCAAUCGUUCAAAUAAGCGACAGAGCGUCGACGGGGAAGGGAGUGGCUCGGGGAGGAAACGUACAAGAAGAGCAUAAUAAUUUCAAUGAGGCUUAUGUGCAGGAGCUAAAGGGAAAAUCCGAGAAUGUGUCAUCCUCGGACGCGUAUACCUAAUA